AUGACUAGUAGCACCUCGUCCUCCAGUGGAAUUGCCGGCCGGGCACAGGUCCAGCUGGACGAGUCGGCAACCGAAUAUGCCAUCCAGAGCCCUGUGAUUGACCUAACUGGUAGCGACUACGAAACAUGCGAUGCGAAUAGAGCUUCGAAGCGGCAAAAAGUUGGCACUACAAUAGAUUCUCUAGAUACGCCGCAAGCCUCAACUACACAGUUAUCGCAACCAUGCUCGUUUGCAUCCCAAGAUACCGGCCCAUCCACUCCAACGGAAAGGCCUUCGUGGAGCUUUCAAGACGAAGUUUCGGACCCUGAAACUCCCAAUGAUGACCUUAAAAAAUCAUGUCUACCAUUACCGAUGCGACCCUGGGACUACAGACCUCAACCCAACAUCGACAACGAAGACAACAUAGCAGAGAUCAUUGCCCUCAAUAAUCAGCUUGCAAAUAUUGAAGUUCAAACGACGCCUUUUAACAUGAAAGUUCCUGAGGUCGCCCCAAUACUUGGUUCCGACACCCCUCUAGACUUUUAUCCUUGGAAAGGUCUGCACCCGGAAGACCAGUUGACGGAGACGACGGCGAAACAAGGUUUCUAUGACCGUGUGCCCAUGGCACAAAACGAGACCAACACUGCGAGGCCGGCACUCUACGCCAACUUCAAACAUCGAUCGGGUUUGAAACUACUUUCUUCCAUAUUUACUACCGCUCUUGACAGGCGACAGUCUCGUUGUAGAGUUACGGAUUUUUCAACAUUCAAACCUCCUCCUCGGGUUACCUUAACGGAUAUUAAAAGAGAGGCCUGGUUGCGGGAUUUGGCGAACCCUUCUGUCCCACUUCGAAAAUUGAGUCGGACAAUACCCCACGGAAUUAGGGGCAAAAUUCUUCUUGAUCAAUGCGUAAACAAGGGGAUUCCGGUUGGGAGAGCUGUUUGGUUAGCCAAGUGUGUUGGUGCGAAUGAGAUUCGUGCAUUUAAAAGAAAAGGAACUUCAGCGGCUAUUGCCAAUGGCCUUGAGAUUAAAUGGGUUCGAGAUUGGAGCGUUAAUGUUCAACAAUUUGUGGAGAGUAUUGUUGGGGCUUGUGGGACCCCAAACUGGGCGCCAACCAUGUCUUAUGUCGUGAAACUUGCAGCACGGCUAUUUCAAGAACACCUUCUUGACCGAGAUUUAUGCCAGGAGUGGUUUCUUCAAUCACUCAGUGAAGCCUCGAUUGCAAUUCUUCCUGUAUGGCUUUCCAUGCUUGGAACAUACUGGGCACACAUUGUUCAAUUUAGAAAAAGGGGCCGUCGCCUAGCAGAAAUUUUACUGGAGAAACUGCAAAAGCUUUUGGCGCUUGACCACUUUGCGCCGAAACAGCCAAUUGUUGAGCGUCUUUCCUUUGUGGUUAAGACUUUUGCUGAAACAAAUUCGUCCUGCUUUAUAUUACCACUUACAUGGCGAACCUACAAACAUACUCUUAUUACUUGUUUUAGUCCCAAUAUGGAAGCAGAUAGCCAAAAGGUUGACUGGAUUACCAAGAGGAACGAAACUGUCAUCAAAGCUGAAUUAUGUCGUCGUAGUGAUUAUAUAUCACCCUCCCAACAAUUUAUCAGCUUACUGGAUAGUCCUGGUUCCGCUAACGAUAUUGAUACACUCUUUUUAAGCUGCGAGACUUUGAACUUGGGUUAUGAUAUAUUAUUAUCAAAAGUUCUAGGCUGGGCGUCAACCAAUUUUCGUUGUGGAUCUGCUAGAAUCUAUGCCACUGUGCGAUUGAUAAGGAGGUGGAGAAAAGCAGGAGUUGACACUGACAGCCACAUUAUUACCUUUCUACAGUCAAAAGGCGAGGCCCCAAGUUUUUCUACAGAUAACAUAUACCAUAUCGUCUGCGAGCUUGUUCGUUCCCAUUCUUUUGCCGUUGGCAAAUACCUCCAAUGGCUUUUGGCCCGUGGGGCCGUUCGAGACUAUGUGUCUUCUAUACCAGCAGAUGUUUGCGUUCUCACUCAUCUGCCACGCCAUAGGCUACCAACUCAUGUUUGGAAUCUUCGAAACGCCAUCCUUCUUAAAGCAGGCUUCUCCGUUGAUUCCGAAUAUCGUUUGAUUUCGAGCAUAAAAUUCCAUAUUCACAGAGAAUUAGCUGAUAUUGUCCCUAAGCCCAGUGGAGACCCUAUUGGGGGCUCCCCCCUUGUUGACGGUACUCAUAUAUCCUGGACGAUUAAAUCGGAAAUCGGGCAUUGGCUACGUGAGCAUGUCAUUUCGUGCCGAAAAUCUUCCCUCAGGAUUCUCCCCGACAAUGAUACCCCUUCCGCAGUUGAGAUUUCGGCCCUUACGAUCGCGCAGUUCUUUAAAAUUAGAGAUGUUAUCGAGUCUCUAGGAGACUUGUCACUUCUCGCAGACAUAUUGAGAUAUGCUACCAGUUCAGAUGAGGUACCUGUACUAAUAUCCAUUGCGGAUACGCUCAACUAUCAUACGGAUUCUUUCAAGGCCAUCGGUGCAUUUGUUGAUAUUUUUCGGGGCAUCUUAACUACAUACUCCUGUAUCGGAAAAUCUGAUCAUUUGACUCUGGAGCUAAUAUCAUCUCUUCUUGAAAUCGGAAUAAAGUUGCCAACUGAAACCCCUGCAGUGACAAUGCUUCGACGUGACCUCUCCCGCUUUGAUAAGAAAUUCUUGAUGAUGGUUUCAUCUCCGGUUUCUGAACAGCCUCUAGAACCAGCAAGCUACUCUCGCUCAACCGUUCCUGACGCUAUACGUCAGUUGCUUGAUUCAGGGCACAGUAUUGAUGAGUCCAACCUGCGACAGAUCUUUGACGUGUUGGUAAAAAGGCUCCAGCAGCCCAGCGAGCUAGACUCUUCUCAUAAAACCGCUCGAUAUCUAUCCGAAUUACGCAAUCUCAACCCCAAGGUUUUUGAUGUUUUGAUGUUGAAAUGGAUCAUCUCAUUGUUGAAGGCUUCGUCGCGCCCUUCUUUUGCCGCUUUCCUCCCACCUCUGAUCGGCGUUGGCUGCGUUACAUUUCACGCGUUCUUUGCUCUUAUCAAAGGGGUUCUGGCCUCUGAUGCGGAUCAACAAUCGUUACGAAAUAUUACGGAACUUCGCUAUGAGUUGGUAGAUCUUAUCUGCCUAGAAAGUCUUCAGGAAAUAGACCUUGUAUCAUAUCGCUAUAAGAUUGCAAGACAAGAAUAUAUCUCCGUCCACGCCCAUGAUGCUCUCACCCUUAUCAAUGACACCUUCGCCGAAAUUAGCGGAAACCAUAACACCCAAGGAGCCAAAUAUCUCUUCUGCGAUUUAAUUAUUCAGAAAAUAUGUAAAUCUGAUCUCGAGAAGGCCAGUCGGCUUCUUGAAGAAUUUCCCAAUUGCUUGAGCUUUAUUCACAAAGCACUCGAUAUUUUACUAGGGUUUAAUUCUCGAGACAUUCCCGUUAUACAACAAAGUCACGUUGUUAUCGAUCUCAUUGAUGAAUUUUCUCUGCCUUCUUGCUUAAUUAAGCUCCAGCUUCUUCUUGACGCUACUCCCAAUGAGGAUGUUGCCAGAAACGGCGUUGUAGACUCAUUAUUCAAGACGGCAGAAAUUGAUAUCCGCAACGGUGAGCGGCGCUGGCUUGAAGUUUUGAAAGUCCUACCUGUUACUGCCGCCCAAUUGAUUAGGCAUCGCGCUGAGCACGAACUUCUCUCUCUUCCUCUCUCCUUUGCCAACUCAUCAGAUCUUUCGUACGGAGAAUCUGCCUUGAUUUAUCUCCGUAUUAUCGAAGAAUUGUCAUAUUCAAUCCCCGAUGAAUUUAUUUCGUCCUCUAUAGGUUCUGACAUCGCCGAUAAAAUGAUGUCCCUAUUGCAGGGCAUCGUGGAAUCAGGAAUUGUGAAAAACGCUGCUGAUUCUUUAAUACCCAAUAGCCCAGGCUUUGCAUGCGAUAAUCAGAUAUCAGAGCUCCGGGCCGGCCUCUGGUUCUAUAUUCUUCUUCGCCUUGUGGCUCUGCACCGGUUAUCCUUUCCAGCCCACUCUACCUCACGGACGGAGGUCAACAACCAAACCCGCAUUUUAAUUCAAAUCUGCUAUGCGACCCGAUUACCUUUAUUUACAAAUCGUCUUACUAAAGAUUUUAGCCCACUGCUUCUCCAUUUUACCAAGCAAAUUAGCCUUGUACAAAAUCUUCCAAGUACAUGGGCGAAUUUGCGACUUCAAGCGUUCGAUGUGUGCUGCGCUCUUGCCGAUACCCUUCGCGAUGAAGCGCGGUUCGAGUGCGCGCGUUUUUUGCGGGAAAAAUGUCCACCUGUCCUUCAUCCUCAAAAUGACCCCCGCUUGCUCUUCAUCUUUGGCCCUAUACCAGACCACCAAAUUCCCAUUGUGACCCAUAGCGGCCCUAACCCUUCUACGAACGGCCCAUCCACAAACAUUCCCCCACACUUGCAAGCCGCACCGUCUCAAGCCUCUAAUAUGCCAACAUUUACAGCCCCUGACGACCCAAAUUCCUUCACUGAUAAACUUCGUCUCCAACAAAACGGUCGGGUUACUGGCCCAUAUCAACCCCGACCUUGGGAGAUGUUAGGCGAGGCAGCUCCUGUGGUUGGUGUCAAUGACACACCCAUAAACUUGACAUUUUUUGGAACGAGGCAAACGAGACAUUCUUAG